UUUGGACUUGCCAGCUCGCAGUAGCAUGAGAGCUCGGCGCUGGCAUGCGUUGCUGCUGGCUGUGUGUGCCCGGGCCCAGCUGCAGGUGGUGGCGCCCAAGGCGCUGGCGCGGCAGUUUGAGGCGACCCAUGGCAUGGUCUAUGGCACCACGGCCACCUUCGGCACACCGGACUACAGCCAGCGGGUGCUUGGCCAGCUGCUUUGGGCGGAGUCCAAGGGCAAGGACUACUGUGAGCCUGGCGACUACAGCCUGCCGGACUCCAGGCCGCCGAAAGGCUCGGAGGUGGCAAAGGAGCCAUCCGCUCCGCGACCAUCCCUCGAUCCGCGAGGCGAGUGGCCCAAAUCGCCGGAGGAGAUGUUGAAGAAGGUGCUGCUGGUGCGGAGAGGGAGGUGUACCUUCGUCACCAAGGUCCGCAUCGCUGAGGAGAAGGGGGCGCACGCGGUGGUCGUGGUGGACAAAGAGACUUCCACCAAGACGUCAGAGGACAUCCAAAGAACGGUGAUGGCCGAUGACGGCUGGGGCGACUCGGUGAAGAUCCCCUCCAUCCUGCUCAGCAAGUUCGACGGGCAGAAGCUCAUCGAUGCUGCCCGCCAGGGUACAGUCAUGGUGGAGCUCGCAUGGGAUAUCCCGCGGGGCAAGGUGGUGAUGAUGGAGUUCUGGCUGAGCUCAGGCUCCAGGGAAGCUAGAAGAUUCCUGGAGAGGUUCAAGACCUGCGCUUUAUCUUUGGGGCACCACCUGCAAUUUGCGCCCCACUACGACAUCUUCAGCCUGGACGAAGGAGAGGACGACUCGCUUUGCGUGGCCUCGGGCUCCGAGCGCUUCUGCGCCAAGAGCCCAGAGGACGGCGAGGUGUCUGGAGAAGAAGUCGUGAACGAAGACGUCCGCCAGCUCUGCAUUUGGAACACCACCUCCAGGAGGGAAAGGGAGGAUGGUGCCUCAUACUCCAGUCUGUACUGGCAGUACGUGGCUGACUUCAACCAGCGGUGUGGUAUGCAGGCCAGGGACGUAGCAAGGCGCUUCGGCGAGAAGUGCUCUUUGGCGGUCAUGGGCGACCUCGGUAUCGACGCCUCAAGGGUGCAGGGCUGCGUUGAGAAGUAUCGGCUUCCGCUGCUGCGCGAGCAGCUGCAAAGCCGCGCUAGCCACCUGGGGCUGCAGCUGAACGGCUGGAGGUACAGCGGGCCACUUGAUCCAGAAUCGGUUCUGAAAGCCGUAUGCGGUGGCUUCACGACACCGCCGGCAGAGUGCCUCGAGAUGCAGGAAGACCUCCACGUGGCUGGCGGGGUGCCGUUUCCAGAUCUCAUGGCGGGCCUUGCCCUGCUGGCGUCAGUGCUGAUCGCAGUGUUCUUUUUCUACAAGAGGCACGUGACCAGCUCUGUCCGUCGCGUGCUGCGCGAAGAGGUCAUGCUGGAGGUGCAGUCUCAGAUGGCCGAUUACGUGGUGAUGGAGGAUGGCGACAACCGGCCGCCGAACCAGCGCGUGCUCAGCUUCUAACAA